AUGGCGACCUCCAUGAUGUACCGUGUGCGACCGUCAAGUGGCGUUGUGUUGCAUCGAUGGCUCCUCACCCAAUGUCCUACUAGGCCAGCAGGAUGUGGCAAUGUUGUACAGGUGUUUCACAGGUCCUGGAGUGAAACUGUAUAUCAGCCCAAGAAGAGGGGGUGGUGGCUUAAAUACCUUGUAUUUUCUGUUGCUGUCGGUGGAGGUGUUGCUGUAUAUCGCCCUCACACAUUUAAUAAACAAGUUGAAAACGCCUACAAGAAAUUGCCUCUAGCAGUAGUAUCCAGACUUUUUGGUCGCUUGUCUAAGAUUGAGUUGCCGGAAAAGUUACGAGAGCCUGUGCUAGGAUUUUAUGUACGCAUGUUUAACGUAGAUCUGAGUGAAGCAGCUGACGAGGACCUCACACAUUACUCCAGUGUUGGGGAAUUUUUCCGUCGGCCACUGAAACCUGAUGCACGCCCUGUAGAUGAACUCCAUGACCUGACUUGUCCUUCUGAUGGUAAGGUAUUACAUUUUGGUGUGGUACAGGAUGGAAAGCUUGAACAGGUUAAAGGAAUAACCUAUUCACUGCGACAGUUUCUUGGACAUACAUCAUGGCUAAAUGGUCCUUUAGCAGAAAACGUACAUUUCAUGUCAGAUGAAGAGUUUUACAAGAGCCUACAUAUACAGCCCGGUAAUGACCUGUACUACUGCAUCAUAUACCUGGCUCCUGGAAAUUACCACAGGUUCCACUCUGCAGUUGACUGGACCAUCAAAUUCAGAAGGCAUUUCCCAGGGAAACUUCUAAGUGUAAGUCCAUGGGUUGCUGAGCGUGUGAAGGACCUGUUUAAUUAUAAUGAGAGGGUGGUAUAUCUUGGCACCUGGAAACAUGGACUCUUCAGUUACAUCCCUGUAGGGGCCACAAAUGUGGGCUCUAUCAAAAUCUACCGGGAUGAGGAACUGGCCACAAAUAGGUCAGAGAACAAAAGAAAAGAGAGCAUAGACAAAUCCUUCAGUGACGGAGAAAGUGAUGGUAUGGUGGUAAAGAAAGGUGAAGUGUUCGGAGAAUUCAAUAUGGGCUCUACUGUUGUGUUGGUGUUUGAGGCGCCUAAGGAUUUCCAGUUCACAUGUAACAAUGGACAACAAGUGAAGUGUGGUAUAGCUCUUGGAAAUGAUAAAAAAUUGACUGUUGAAAAUGAACAUCAAAAAAUUAAAAGUUGAUGAGUGUUGUAUUGA